CCUUUGUCUGCACUUGGACCCGAUCAUUGAGUUUGUGCGUUGUAAUAGAGACGUCUUUCACCCAGGGCUGUGUGCCAGUUCGCGUGAGUCCCCAGGUACACGCCAGGUACACCGCCCGCCACAUCCUCUCGGUAUUCCAAGUCGCCUUCCGACAUCUUCCUACUACUCUCUUCCAAUCUUCAUAACGACUCUACCCUUUGCUUAUCUCAGUAUCAUACCUGAUUGAUGAGCAGCGAUUCCUCCAACCCUCCCUCUCCACGUGGCGUUCGUCCCCAAAAUGCAGGCUUUCACAACAGCGGUAUGGCGCCACCUGGUGAUUCCCAGUCUUACUUUCAGCAGCAGCCGGUUCAGGCUCCAAUUGUAAGACAACCAAUUGGCUUCUCUUCACAUGCACCCUCCGUAGGAACAGUCCCUACAUAUGCGGCGGGAGCUCCAGGUGCCCAAGUACCUCAAUUCCAUCCUGGCCAAGGCAUGUCCAUCGAUCAGCCUUCUCAGGAGCAUCGGAAGAGGAGGAAACACAAGGACAAAGAUAAGUUGAAAGCAAAGCCUUCGAGGGAUCGAGCACCGGUGGACGAUAGCAAUUACUCCACACCGAUCCCUUACGCCUCACCAGCCCCCAAUGCUUCAACACCAUUCCUUCAACCUCCAGCUUUUCGCAUCCCUGCUUAUAAUCACACUCCGCAAGUUCAAUCUACGGCUGGCGCUCACCCUCCGCCUCCGCCGAGUGGCUCAUAUUUACCGGACCAUGCUUCCGAGAGUUCAUCUAUUAGAAAUAAAGGUAGCGGUACAAAGAGCAGGAGCCACCGUCCAGAGGCUCGCAUGCCCGCCCCCUCCCACAGUAUGAAUUCACAACCACCCGACUCCCGUAGUUUCCAGCAGAACGAAUUCAACGAGGCGUAUCAACGCCAAGCCGAACAUCACAGUGGAAAUCAACCUGGAUAUAAUGCUCCUCCUUCCGCGUCCGACGCACACCAGAGAUCUCGAUCGCAUCGACCGCGAGAGCAUCGUUCCAAUUCCACUGCGUCCAACGCACCUCCCCAACAGUAUACUGCUCCAUCUUCUUCCUAUGCCCCACAGGGAAUGUCACCGACGUCGGCUGAACCACCAUCUCGUCCAAAGGCCGUCUUGCGCAUUCUCACUGUCUUGAUUGAGGAUAAGCGUUUUCCUGAGGAGGAGGGCCAGCUCGCUGAAGUUAGAGUCAGUCUGCGCCCUGGUGAUGAUCCCGAAGACGGAUACUGGGCUGAUGCUAGGGAAAUUGCGGAAGAAUUGCAAUCCGGACCUGCCAGAAUCGACGGUCCUGCCAAGGUUUACACCAUGCGUGGAAAAUAUCGUCAGUAUUUCCUGCGUGUCACCGCCGAUGGUGUUACAGAUUGCCAAUCUUCCAACCUCAAGGUGUCCAAGGAUCGCACUCUUGAAGUGUUCGUUGAACAUAAUCCUGCCGCUUUGUCCGGGCCGCCCCAAUACGCUACUCCGCCGCCCACGGUGCCCACUUCCGUGGAUGGGUAUAGCCCAAGUCGGUCAGAGUUCGGCAAUGUUGAAGUGGCUAGCAUCCCUCGGAAGCGUCGUCACUCGGCUAGCUCAAGGUCAUCAGUAGCCUCAGCACUUCGGACACAGGCACAAGUCAUAACGGAAGAACAUGCUUCUCAUCGAUCGUCUCCAUUUACGAACCGUGCGCCUUCCCUUAUGCCCUCGCAGGACCCACCGCUGUCACCGACGCCUGUUGCUUCACACGACUCGCCUAUCUCGGAAAGUUCAAUUGCGUCUCCAAGGCUUCCGGCGUCUGUCUCGCAACAACUGUCUGCAUUCACAACUGUCUUCGAUCAAGCUGGGUCAAGAGCUUCGUCAGGUUCUCAACAUGGGUCCCCAAUGUCAACAGGUUCAUCGUUGGCCUCCCCGAUACCUGCGUCUCCACCCCUGCCAGAGAUCCGCAGUAGUCAUCCAUCGCAAACUCCUUUCACUGGUCAUCAGUCUGUUCACUCUAUGAGGGAGCAGACUGCCUCACCUAUAUCACUUCCAGGACCUUCGUCAUCUAAGAAAGCGAGGGGACCAAGCGGUGAACCUUCUGCCAGGUCUGCAGACGGUGGUGGGUCAAACCAUUGGGGAUCCAGAGGUUCCUCUACAGGUUCCUCUACAACGACUCCAGCAACGUCUGGUUUCGCUCAGUUCGCUCAGCCAGUUACUUUUGGCGCUCCUUCUCUUGUUGGACCGUCACAAAUAACUGCAUCCUUUACCGGCCGCGCCUCUCCUUCGUCACCUUCAGUUUCUUCUCCACGCAGGAACAUCGAUCAGGACGUCUGGUUGUCCCUUCGUGAUGUUUUCAAGAAGGAACCUCAAUUCGAGACUUUCGUGACAUCCAAGAGUCAACAAGUCCCUCUCGUUGACAUGUUGCGGGAUCAAUACGCGUACAUCAAGAGUAAGCUCGAUAAGUACUUGGAUAAGCCGAUUCCAGUCACGUUCAAUGAGCCUGGAGGCAAGUACACAAGGGCUCAGAUCUUGAAGGCUUUCAAUAUGCCAGAGUACUAUGCAGACGUCAUUCCUGAAAUGCUCGCGUUAGCAAGUUACUACGGUCCCAACGGAUCUCGUGGCGAGGAUCCUGAGAUUGUCAGGCGCCUGACCGAGAAGCCUAAAUCGUCUACCUCUCAGUCAGCCAAGGAAUGCCUCAAUCUAAUGCGCAUACAUCACGAAAAGCAGCUCGAGGCUCAUCCCGAUGCUUGAUUCAGUAUUCCUGGUUCACUAUCAUCUUUGCUCAUAUAAAUCCCAUACCAUUCUUGUAUAUGCUUUCUUGUUCUUAGGUUGCUUUCUGCUUUUCUUCCGAGGUUAUCAGGUCUGGUACCUGCCAUGGUCUGCGCUUUGCUGUCCCAUUGUUCUCCUUUGCGCCGUUCACAUACCCUUCUCGUAUCCUCGUCCCACUAUCAUUAAAUCUCGUAAGAACUUCUUUCUCAAAUGUUCUCCACGUCAUGCCCUU